UGAAGCCUCCGCCAGGAAUUAUAAUGCCAAAAUUUCCAAAGCCAAGGCCUCAUGGAAAAGUGUGUGCUCGUCCUAUAGACAUUGCCUUUAUCGUGGACGCCUCUGCAAAAGUUGACAGGAAAAAUUUCCUUUACAUUCGCAACUUUUUGAAACAAAUCGUGUCAUCAUUCUCUGUGUCUACCUCAAUCACUCGUUUUGGUAUGGUGGAAUUCAGUACUAAUCCCAGAAAAUUGUUCGACUUCAACCGCUUCACGAAUCAGGCAACGUUAGUAAAAGCGUUGGGUCGUGUGCCGUACAUGGGGGGUGCACCGAUGGCGGGAAAAGCGUUGAAAUAUGCCGCAGCCACACUCUUCGCACGUACCACGAGGCCGAAGGUUGCCAUAGUGAUCUCCAGUGGCAAGUCACUCGACUCGGUCAUGGCUCCCGCGCGAAUGUUACGGCGUGCUGGCGUGACGUUAAUCGCGGUAGGCCUGGGUCAAAGUUUUAGUGUUACGCAACUGCGACAGAUGGCUACCACCAGGAGACACGUGUUUGCGUCACACUUUAAAACCGCGAACAACAUCGUAAGAUCGAUCAAGGAAAAAGCUUGCAAAGCUCCCAAAUCUGUUCCUCGUCCUGUGCCAGGAAGACCUCGACCGGGUGGAAUACGUCCGUACAAAUAUGUUGGCGCUUACAAAGUUCCACCUCGCAAAUAUCUUGGCCGACCAAUUCGAAUUAAGAAUCCCAUAUACGGACGCAGGAUAUGCGAACGCAUUGCCCGGCGGAAUCGUUUCCGAUCCUUUGCAGUGUUUGGCGGUCGCCUUUGUUUUCUCUCUCGUCGAGGCCCUCGUAAAUUUAUGAUCGCUGGUCGAACAAAGUCGAAGAAGCCUAGAACCUACAUUAAGGUCUUCAUUAAACCCAGAGGUUGGUGA